AUGGUGGUAUACCCCAAGUACGAGACUCGGGGGAACCUUAAAGAUUCUGUGUGCAUGUUCCGCGAAUGGCUGCAGAACCAGGUCAUUGAUCUGGAAGUUGCGAACCGAACCGCAUCACCGACAGUUGACCCCUCAGUCCACGUUUUCUUAGUCGGUCACUCCAUGGGGGGCAUUGUUGCUGCAGAAACGCUUCUCCUACUUGCUUCUGAACAACCGAUCCCUCCAAAGCCUUCGCAUACAGCGGACCUGCUGCAUUCAGGCACUGCAGAUAACUCGCAUACCAUAGAACCCGGCUCUUUCAUGUUCCCUCACAUUCAAGGAGUGCUGGCUUUCGACACUCCAUUUCUGGGCAUCGCCCCGGGGGUCGUGUCGUAUGGUGCCGAAGGGCACUACAGAAGUGCAACAUCAGCAUACAAUACGCUCUCGGAAGUAGCGGGGUUGUUCGGCAUUGGAGGGGGAAAUUCUUCAUCUGGCACAGGUGUGGGCCAACAGAGGGAGGCCAGGGAAGCUUCGUCCUCUCAGUCGGCUAGCAACAAUUCCUCUACCGACGCUGCAGCGACACCAUCCUGGCAGCGUUGGGGUCGAUAUGCCAUGUUUGCAGGGGCUGCAGGCGCGGUAGCUGCAGGAGGGGCAGCCGCAAUGUAUUCUCAACGAGAGCGUCUUACAGACGGAUGGGGCUGGGUGUCCUCUCAUAUUGCAUUUGUUGGGUGUCUAGUACAUCCUUCAGAGUUGCGCCAGCGCCUUGGCCUCUUGUCCAAGGUGCACGAGGAGCGAGGGAUUGGCUGUAUAAACUUCUUUACGUGCUUGGGCCAGGGUGCAACGUCGUUGAUAGAGAACCCUGACCAAGCGAAUAUGUCAUUCAGCCAGAAGAUUAUUCGAUCCAAACAUCGCACCUUCUGCACCCUUCCACCCGAAAUUGAAGGACAGGACAUGAAGAUCUUCCCGGCGGCGGGACUGACAUGGGUCCGAGCCUCGAAUGAUAAGGCCGGAGAUGAGGUUAAGGCACACGUUACUAUGUUUUCACCGAAAGACAACCCUGCCUUUGAUGAACUUGCCAAUGAUACAUGCAAGGCCCUUGUCAAAUCGAUCGACAAGGCCUGGUACAGCAGCGCUACUACAAGUCCGGUAGAGGAAAUGGUCAUGGAAAUGCCGCGGACCGACGACGGCAAGUCUCCAUCUGCCGCUGAUAGCAGAUUUAUGGACGGAGAUGACGUCGUCGUUGUGGAUUGA